UCGAUAAUAAAGCGAAUAGUCAGCAUUUCGUAUUUCUUUGGUGUAAAAAUAUUCUCUGCGUUCACUGAACGUAUUUUAAUUAACAAAUUUUUAAUAAAUACAUUUAAACUGAGAAAAAUGAAUAUCUUGUUAAUUUAUUAUUCGAUUAUUGUUAUUGUAAUAAUUUAUUUAUUGGUGUAUCAUCUUAAACGUCUACACCUUUAUAAACUUGCAAUAAAAUUCCCAGGACCUCAACCUGUCCUUCCCAUAAUUGGGAAUGCUCUCUAUUUUUUUGGUUCAGAAGAUGAUUUAUUAAAUAAAGUCAUAGCAUUAAGUCCAGAUCUAAGGCCAAUACGCUUUUGGUUUGGACCUAAGCUAUUUAUUGUACUGCAUAAACCAGAUCAUGUGAAGAAUAUCCUUCUCAGUCCUAAAUGUGUUAAUAAAAGUGAAACCUUUAGAUUUUAUGAGCCUUGGUUAGGAACUGGAUUAUUUACUGCACCAGCUGAAAAGUGGAAGGUUCAUCGUAAACUUAUUAGCCCAGCUUUUAAUCCACGAAUUCUUGAAUCUUUCAUUGAUAUCAUAUUAACACAAACUAAUAUUUUAAUUAAAAAACUUGAUGCAGAAGUUGAUCGUGAAGAAUUUGAAUUUCUUCCUUACAUGUCACUGUGUACUUUAGACAUAAUUUGUGAAACUGCAAUGGGAGUAAGCUUACAAGCUCAGAAUAACAAAGACUCAUUUUCUGUAUAUGCAAUGAAAAAAGCAUUCGAAAUACCAUGCAUACGAAUUCUAAAAAUCUGGUUACAGCCAGACAUAAUUUUUUAUAAAACUAAACUUGGAAAACUUCAGAAUAAAUGUAUUGAAUUUUUACAUAAACAAACUCAUGAUAUAUUGCUAAAAAAGAAAAAGUCAAAUUUAUCAGAUACAUUGAAAGAUAAUCCUACCAAGUGGAAACCUUUUCUUGAUCUGAUGAUGGAACUUUCUGAUAAAAAUAAAAAAUUAACUGAUCAAGAAUUAUGUGAAGAAGUUGAUACCAUGGUAGCAGGUGGUAAUGACACAACCGCAACUGCUAAUACGUUUGUGGUAUUUAUGUUGGCUAACUUUCCAGAGAUACAAGAAAAAUGCUAUGAAGAACUUCGUGAAAUAUUAGGAGAUCGAAUUAAUGAUGAAUCUCCAAUUAUAAAUGAAGAUCUUUCUCGCAUGGAAUAUUUAGAAAGAGUCAUCAAAGAAACUUUAAGAAUAUUUCCACUUGUACCAGUACUGGUACGUCAUGUCACUGAGGAUCUCGAUAUCGGUGAUUACGUAGUACCUAGUGGAUGUACUGCAGCAAUAUCAAUUAUAAACCUUCAUCGCUCUGAAGCAAUCUGGGAAGAUCCUUUGGAAUUUAAUCCUGAUAGAUUUUUACUAGAAAAAAAUGCUGAAAGACAUCCUUAUGCUUACAUUCCCUUCAGUGCUGGACCUAGAAAUUGUAUAGGAUUAAAUUAUGCAAUGAUGAGCAUGAAAUUGAUUUUAGGAUCGCUACUUUGCAAAUAUAAAUUCAAAAAAGAUAGAAUUGUUAAAACCAAAGAUAUUGCUAUUUCAUUUGGUGGACUCAUUCGAACUGUUGAUCCUAUUACUGUUAAAAUAGAAAGAAGGCCUAAGAAAUUUGUUUAAUGCAUCUAAAUAUAAGUUAAUACAUUAUUUAGAAUUUUUUGGCUA